ACAAGUCGCCAGUUGAGCUCCAGUGUCAAGUCAGCAGUACGCGAUCGCCAGGGAAGAAAAGGGAAUAAAAUACAGAAAAUAAACAAAAAAGAGAUCGAUAUUUUUCAUCACCAGUAUCUAUCCGUCAAGUCACACAGCAUACCGUCUUUGACACAUUCAUUUACUCAAGAACUUGCACGCUCGCACACCCAAAUCUCAACAACUUGA